AAUUGUUCAUCCUACUCUUUCUUUUCCUUUCUAUUCAUUCCUCCCUUUUACAAUUUGGUUCAUAAACUUUGAAUAAAAUAAAACAUGGAAUAUUUAUUCCUUUCUUUCUUCUUUCUAUUCACCCUCACUUUAGCCCAAUCUAUUAAUAAUGAUAAUAUAUACUCAUUCCCAAAUAAUGCACCAAACAUGCAACCAUCUUCAAAACAAAAUGCAAAUCCACCAACAAGUCAUUCUGCAUACCCUCCUGGAUAUGAAAAUGAAAAUGAAAAUGAAAAUGCACAAUCACAAUCACAAUUUCCGUCUAUCAUCCCUCUUGAUAAAAUUUCUGACUUCCCAUCUACUAUUAUUCCCACCAAUACACAAAAAGACGAUGGUGGGAAUGCUGAGACGAAUAAUAUCAUAAAGAAGAUAUGUGACAACACUGACUACCCUGACGUUUGCACCACAACUGUUGCCCCAUUCAUGCGCGGAGGUAUCAUCAACGUACAAAAUGUUCUCCAAGUGGCCAUGAAACAGAGCGAUGCGUUUGCCAAAUUGGGAUUUGCAGCGUUUAAAAGAGCUUCAGAAUCCCCUAUUACUCCACCUAGAACUAAGAAACUGCUCAAAACAUGCCUUGAUAGUUGGGACACUGUGUUGUACAAUUAUGAAGAAGCUUUAGAGGCUCUGCGUACUCAUGAUAGUGGACGUAUGAACUCCAUGCUCAGUGCUGCAAUUACUGAUAUCUCUGAUUGUCAAGAUGCCUUUGAAGGUAUCGUUACUCCAAUGUCUGGUUAUAGUGACAAGAUGACUAAAUUGACAAGUAAUUGCCUAGCCAUUGGUUCACAACUCGGGAAUUAGACUAGACAAUUACCUAUCGUGUUAACGUUCAAAAACACACAUAAGUUAUUACCUCUUUACUAGUUUCAUAUCUCAACUAUCUAUUCUUCUAUUUAUCAAUCUAAACUCUAUCACUUCAUUUAUAUUAAAACACACUCAAUGUUGAGUUGGACAAAUAUGUAUUGCUUACUUUACAACAAUCGCAAGCAGGACAAAUAUGGAACAAUGAAUAUUGUUGGGGUUAUGAAUAUCCCAUAAAACUUGAUAAUUUAGAUAUAUUUUUACCAUUAAUUCUUUAUUAUUUACUAAACUAAUUAGAUAUUAGUGUAGAUGGAUGAGUAGGAUCAUUACACAGUGUAAGUGAUCAGUGUAGAUGGAUGAGUAGGAUCAUUACACAGUGUAAGUGAUCCUUAAUCACCUCUCCUAAUGUAUUUUACAUUUUACUUAUGUCAUGUUUUUUACUUAAUUGUGAUUAGUGAGAAACAUGUAGAAACAA